AGCUAACCAGUAUUUGCUUUCUUUUAUACACUACAAAUUUGGUUUACCGUCCUGUCUUUGUCUUUGGCUUAAACAUGUAUUUGUUGGAAUUUAUUUUAAUCCUACUUAUUGGCUGAACUCGAACUGCUUCAUAUAAGCCAAUAGUUGUCACGUGAUUGAUACUACCGAAAUUGCGUCCCACAUAUUACUGCGUUAAUUUGCAGACUUUUUUGGUGAUUUUGAGCGAUAUGGUUUUAAAGUAUUGUACUGUAAUCCAGUCGAUCGCUUCACGUUUUUGUAUUCGAAAUUUAAUCUUUAAACCACAAAUUAAACUUACUUCCUUAUUCAAUAUUACUAUAAGUAUAUUAAUCUAAGGUGUCUCCUGGUAUUAUUUCGCGAAAGUCGAAUAAUGGGUACUGUACGAUUACUGCUGGUGGUAAUUGCCAUCCAGCUUGUAGGGGGCCAAGAAGGAGGGAAAGCAUUAGAUGGUUUGGAUGAAGCUCAAAAACAUAUCAUUAACGGUCAGGAUGCCGAUAAGAACGAGUAUCCCUUUAUGGUGCGAAUAAAAGCGGACGGUAUAGAUCAUCUUUGCGGUGGCUCUCUCAUCUCUACAACUGUAGUACUCACAGCAGCACACUGCGUCACUAUGGAGGACGGAUCCGUAGUACCAGCACAAAUGGGAGUCCUAGUGAUGGGAGAUCACACAAAUAGUACUGAAGAAGCAGAGGAGAAAAGCUACAGAGCAGUGCGCAUCAUCGUACACGAGGAGUACCAUCUUGAUUUCACAGGAAUCCCUAUCCACGACCUGGCAUUGAUCGUACUGUCUACGGAGGUUGACAUAAACGCUGGAAUAAUCGACAUUAUUCCGGUAGCGGAGAAACCCUAUGUAGAAGGAUCCGCUGUGACAGUCAUAGGGUGGGGAGUUGACUCAGAUGAUGAUGCAGAUAGGGAUGAAUGGGGGUAUCAUCCCGCUGCUGAAACCCUUCAAGAGUUGGAAUACGUGAUAGGUAACCAGGCCGAAUGUAAGCAAUACUGGAAGGACUUGUAUGAAGGAUUUUAUGCUAUGUUCGAGAACCUUGAGGUGAUGAACAUGGAUACGAUAACAGAAACGAUGGUCUGUGCGAUAGAUGAUGAAGGUUUAGCAACUGUAUGGAGUGGUGAUUCAGGAGGCCCCCUAUUUCAGGAAGUUGAUGGAACAAUCACACAAAUCGGCGUGGUAAGCUGGGGUCAUGAUGAUAUAAAAGAAAUAACCCACAACAUGUACGUGAAUCUCUACCACUAUGCUGACUGGAUUAAAGAGGCGAUGAAACGUGCAGAGGAAAAGUCCUGGGUAGAACUACACACGGGUGGAAGCCAUGGUGUGGUAAUGAUGAUAAACUUGUCCCAGGAUGGUGAUAAAGAAUUCACAACCGUUUGUAACGAUAACGUUGGUGCAAACGAGGUCAAUGCCAUUUGCAGAGGACAGGGCUACCAAUUCGGAGCUCUCGCAAACAUCAGAGACUACGUCUCUGGUGGUAAGAGGCAACGAAGUGAGAUGGGAGGAUUCCCACCAUUCGGGCACAUAAAUAUGAAGUGUAAUGAUGAAGCCGAAGAUGUAAUGACGGAUUGUGCAAUGGAUAAGUACGAAGACUCUGAAGUACCCUGCUUUAACGGACAACAACUGGCUGUCAAGUGUGCUGACGAAAAAUGGGACUUUAAUAUUGUUGCCGUGUUGCCCGUUAUGAGGAGUAUCAGAGGGUCAAGCUAUGUUAGGGGAAGAGUCAGUUGUAUGGUGAAUGCUCAGAAAGAUGGAGUGGAUCUGGACAUGAAAUCUCAAGUUAAGGUCGGACUCGUCAUGAGAAACGAAGAUGCUGUUGAGCCCAUUGGUUCUCCUAUGAAGUACAGGAGGAGUUCAAACAUUUAUGUUGGUAAAUUCAGAACCGAUAACGAAAUCAAGACAGACGACUGUUUGGCUUGCAUCGCCUACAUUCCAGGGCACAAUAUCUACACUGUAGGAACGGUCGGCCCUGAUGAUUGUCCUGAUGACGACGAACAUUAUAAGACGUGGGUGAAACUUCAAAAUGAGGGAGAAGGGGAACAAUAGCGGAGAUGGAUCAUAUAAAAGCAGAAGAAAAGGGAGGCUAUGAUACAUGAAUGAAUUCUAUAGUUAGAGACUUUAUAGUUAGAUUGGAAUUAAGGACUGACCAACACAUAAAUCAUACUUAAAUGGUAAUAUGAUACAGCAGAGCUAGAGAGUACAAUGAUAG